AUGCAUUUCAUCAAUGCAUCAAUUGCACAUUGCAAUUACAGUUGUUAUCAUUUGCAAUCAUUUCAAAUAUCAUCCAAAGCUUCAUUCAACAAAAGCAAAAUGAUCAAAAAGCAAGGUUUCUUGUCCUUCUUACUACCAUUGCUACUUUCAUUUUUGUAUUCCACAACCAUUUUAGCCCAAUUAUCACCAGCUUCUGCCCCUCUCAAACCACCCCAACCUGUCCCAACCCCACCAGCUGAGGCUCCUAAACCAUUGGUUCCCUCAUUGCCAGAGUCACCAAGUGAUUCCACCCCUGAAACUCCAACUGUUGAUAUUGUUGGAAUCCUGAGGCAGGCAAAGUCAUUCAACAUCCUUAUCCGUCUCAUGAAAACCACCCAAUUGAUUAACCAACUCAAUGCACAACUCCUCACUACUAAAUCAGGUGGCAUCACCAUUCUUGCACCUGAUGACAGUGCCUUCUCUGAACUCAAAGCAGGUUUCCUCAACUCUCUUUCAGAUGGCCAAAAGCUCGAGCUCUUACAGUUCCACGUUCUAUCAGACUACGUAUCUAGCUCAAACUUUGAUACUCUAACCAACCCUGUGAGAACACUUGCAGGGGCUAAACCUGGAAAGGUGGAACUGAAUGUGAUAAGUUACGGAGGUAGUGUGAACAUCUCAACGGGUGAGGUUAACACAACCAUCACUGGAAUUGUAUACACGGAUAAGCAUCUUGCUAUUUACAAGGUGGGGAAGGUGCUUCUUCCUAUGGAUUUUUUCACUGUUGCUAAGGCACCUGCGAAGGCACCCUCAUUGGCUCCAGAACCUUCAAGUGGUGUAGCAAAGGCGCCUAAAACUGAUACGGAUGAGUCAUCAUCUUCAGAUUCCUCACAUGUUAAUCCUACAGAACAGAACUCUGGAACCGAGAAGAUCAGUGUGCACGGAAAUUUAGUGCCACUUGGACUUGGAGUUGCACUUGCACUUGUGGCGACAAUUAUCUGA